AAAGUUCGCGCGACACGUACAUAAUUUCUUUCCGCGCCUACAACUCGUACCAGGAACUUGCUCGGGUAUUGGGAAUUGUCACUUGUUUUCAUUAGGGUUUUGUGCAUUAGUACUUUUACGUGCUUUUGCUGGAUGUUUGAUCUUAGCAAGAAGAAAACACAACAUUAUGACAAUGGGAGAAAAAGAUGGGAAUCAAAUUAUGGCCGAAGCUUUAAAAAGACAGGGGCUCAAAUAUGUGUUUGGUAUAAUGGGUCAUCCUGUAAUUGAACUAGCAUUAAAUAUCCAAGCGGCAGGUCUUGAGUACCUGGGAUUUAGGAAUGAACAAGCAGCAUGUUACGCUGCUCAAGCUUACGGAUAUUUGACGAGAAAACCAGCAGUCGUUUUAUGCGUAUCAGGUCCUGGGUUGCUGCAUGUAAUUGGAGGAAUGGCCAAUGCACAAGUGAACUGUUGGCCAGUGCUUGUUCUGGGAGGAUCUUGCCCCGAGGAUCACGAGGGUAUUGGUGGAUUUCAAGAAUGGCCCCAGGUGGAGGCUAGUCGUCCUUACUGCAAAUAUGCAGCUAGGCCUCCAUCUGCAGCUUUGAUACCUCUACAUGUUGAAAAGGCAGUAAGACUGUCAACAUAUGGAAGGCCAGGAGCCGUAUAUCUGGACCUGCCAGCUACAUUACUCCAACAAAAAGUAAAUGAACGUCAAAUCAUCAAAGUAGCUCCGUGUCCACCGCCUCCUACUAUGUUUCCUCAGAUGAAUUUGAUACAAGAAGCUGCCAAUUUAUUGAUUGGUGCCAAAAAGCCUUUAGUAAUUGUUGGAAAAGGUGCUGCCUAUGGACGUGCUGAGAAGGAGAUACGAGACUUGAUUCUUGUAUCUGGCUUACCAUUCCUUCCUACACCAAUGGGCAAAGGAGUGGUUCCCGAUGAGGAUCAGCAUUGCGUGUCAAGUGCAAGAACGGCUGUUUUGCAACAAAGCGAUGUUAUUUUACUACUGGGAGCCAGAUUAAAUUGGAUGCUUCACUUCGGUCGCCCGCCAAGGUUUCAAAAUGAAGUCAAAGUUAUUCAGAUAGAUAUUUGUGCGGAAGAAUUGCACAAUUCAGUUCCAGCAAGUGUGGCUAUUCAAUCAGAUGUUGGGCCAGCAGUCGAAGCAUUAUCCACACUUCUUAAAAACAGAAAUUAUUUUAUGAGCCAAAGCAAUCCCUGGUGGAGGGAACUUAUUUCGAAGGGUCAGAAAAACAGGGAAAUGAUUCAAAGACUGGCAUCCGAUACAUCGGUACCGUUGAACUAUUAUACAGUGUUUAACCACAUUCAGAGCAUCAUACCGAAAGACAGCAUUAUUUGCUCUGAAGGAGCCAAUACUAUGGACAUUGGCCGAACAAUGUUGCUGAAUAAUUUACCACGGCACAGGUUAGAUGCUGGAACUUUUGGGACUAUGGGCGUCGGUCUUGGUUUUGCGAUAGCUGCUGCUCUUUAUUGCAAAGAUAACGAACCAUCGAAAAGAGUGAUUUGUGUCGAAGGUGACAGUGCCUUUGGCUUCUCAGGAAUGGAACUUGAAACAAUGUACAGGUAACUUAUAAUCGAAAAUAAUUCCCAAAAGCAA